AUGAGGUCCCCGUCCCACUACCCAGGGAGGCCGUGCCAGAUCCGGCAGCAGCGCCGAUCCCGGCUGAGCCGCGGGGCUGGGCCCUUCCUGCGGCAGGAACCUCCCGAGGAGCCGUUUCCUCGUCGGGCGGUAGCGGGUCCCCUCCGCCGCCGUCCCGUCCCGCCCGCGGGGAGGAAACGCGCCCCAGCACCCCGUGCUGCAGCCGGGGGGCUGGCACCCACCCCAUCCCUGCGGAGUCCGGCCCCGUCUCUCGUCGAGGCGGCGGCGGAAACCGGGCGAGUCGGGACCGGCCCGGCGCGGGCACGAGCGGCACCGCGGGCGCGCACCCGCCCCAGGGCCGAGCGCAGGUGGAGGCGCGGGGAGGCCAUGGAGGCGGCGGAGCCGGCGGAGGAGGAGCUGGUGUUGGUGGAGUACGGCUUCGAGUACCGCGCCAAGGACGGCACCUUGGUCUCCAUCAAACCCAACGAGCGCUAUGUCCUGCUCAAACGCACCAACCCGCAUUGGUGGCACGUCCGCAGGAGCGGGGACGCCCGACCCUUCUAUAUCCCGGCCCAGUACGUCAAGGAGCUGCCUCCCAUCGCCGCCCCAGCCCCGCUUGGCCCCCCUCCAUCGGGACAUGCUGCGACAGAGCCGGCCACGCUCGUCCCUCAGCCCCCGCCAGCCUACGAGUAUCGGUUCAUCGGCGCCGCCGAGCCGCGGGAGCCGGCAGGAGAGUGCUCCGUGCCCCGCAGGGACUCGGUGCCCCGGAGGGACUCGGUGCCAUCACUCAGCUCUUUUCGGGUGCUCCCGGGGCUCACCCCGCACCCCGCUGAGCCUGUGAGACCUUCGCACUCCCUGGAUAACCUGGCGCGGGUGACACCAGCACCACGCGGUGUCACUGCCAUGGGGGCACGGGGGGACCGCCCAGGACACGCUCGGCCGCUCGGGAAGAGCUGCUCCGAGACCCUCUGCGCCUCCGGCAAGGACGUGGCCAGGAGGUCGCCGGGGGCCGACCCCGCCUCUCAGGUACACAAGGAGUCAGAGGAGACACCUGAUCCUAUCUACCUCAAUAUCCAGGAGCUGCAGGAAGAGGCCUCCGCUGCCAUCUCGGCCCCAGAGGAGCCUGGAGGCUCCGUGUCGGACUGGGAAACCCACACAGACACAGACAGUGGACAUUUGUUUUAUUAUAACCCAGUGACGGGCGAGACCACGUGGGAUUGUCCCUUCGGGCAGGCGGACGAUGGAGUGAGUCCCGCCGCCUCUCCCAGCUCCUCACUCGCACACAGCCCGGAGCUUCCCGAGUGGGAACAGCACGUGGAUGAAGGAAGCGGACAGACUUUUUUCUAUAAUUCGGUGACAGGUGAGACGUCGUGGGACCCUCCUACUGCAGGAGACACAGGCAGCCCCCGGGAGAUUCACCCUGGGGGGACGUGGUACGGUCCCAUGGAGCAGAGGCCACCCACUCCAGAAACGGAUUAUCCCGACCUGUCUCCAGAUGAGCUGGAGUGUUAUCCUGAGGAAGACUAUUCACCUGUGGGAUCAUUCGAUCAGGGGGCCUCUCUCUGCCUGUCCCCGAGGCACCCCGAGGAGCUGGGGUCACCCCCCAGCUGGUACAGGCACAGCCACCCCGAGGGAAUCACAUUCUACCCUGAGCACUUUGGUCCUGACACGGUGCCAUCGGGUGGCCACCAUGAGCGGGCCAGCAGCAGCUCCAGCCAGGACAGCGGGCUCUUCGCCUGGCACAGCACCGUGUCACCAGCACUGGGCAGCAAGGAGGAGAAGUUUAAAAGCCUUGAAAAAGCUGGGGUGCUUAACCGGACCAAGACAGUGGACAGAGGGAAGCGGCUCCGGAAGAACUGGAACUCCUCCUGGACAGUGCUGGAAGGGGGAAUCCUUACUUUCUUCAAGGACUCCAAGCACUCAGCUGCCAGUGCCUUGAGGCACCCUGGCACCCUGACCACCCCUGAGCACACAGUGGAGCUGCGCGGUGCCACCCUCACCUGGGCCGGCAGGGACAAGUCCAGCAAGAAGAAUGUCCUGGAGCUGAGGACGCGGGAGGGCUCGGAAUUCCUCAUCCAGCAUGACUCGGAACAGAUCAUCACGGCCUGGCACAGGGCCAUCGCCGACAGCAUCGGCCGGAGGGGCUCCGACAUCCCCGGAGAGGAAGAGGCCGAAAUUCGGGCUGAGUUCGGCUCCCGGGAGAAGUUGGGGGGCGGCGAGGAGAGGAGGGGAGCGGCCGGACAGGUGACGGGCGGUGCCGAGAGUGACACCAGCAGAGUCCGGAACAAACUCCGCAAGUUCCUGCAGAGGCGGCCGACGCUGCAAUCCCUGCGGGAGAGGGGCUACAUCAAGGACCAGGUUUUUGGCUGCUCGCUGCUGGCGCUGUGUGAGCGGGAGCGGGGGACGGUGCCACACUUCGUCCUGCAGUGCAUCUGGACUGUGGAGAGGAGAGGUCUGGACAUUGAUGGGCUGUACCGGGUCAGUGGCAACCUGGCCACCAUCCAGAAGCUGCGCUACAAGGUGGAGCACGACGAGCAGCUGGACCUGGAUGACGGGCGCUGGGAGGACAUACACGUUAUCACCGGGGCACUGAAACUCUUCCUGAGGGAGCUGCCGGAGCCACUUGUCCCCUUCAGCCACUUCGACAAAUUCAUUGCUGCCAUCAAGAUCCAAGACCCAUCCCUGCGGGUCCAAUGCAUCCGGGACCUGGUGCUGUCCCUGCCACCCUGCCACCAUGACACCAUGAAGGUCCUCUUCCGCCACCUCUGCAGGGUGGUGGAGCACAAGGAGGAGAACCGCAUGUCAGUGCAGAGUAUCGCCAUCGUCUUUGGCCCCACACUGCUGCGGCCGGCCAGCGAGGAGAGCAACAUGGCCAUGCACAUGGUCUUCCAGAACCAGGUGGUGGAGCACAUCCUCAACCACUAUGGAUACAUCUUCCCUGAGGGAUAAACCCUGGGGACACAUGUGGGGACAAGCCCAGCAGUGGGGACUUGAUGGAGCAGCAUCUCCAGGAGGGACUUGGCGAUGUGUCACCUUGGUGGUGGCUCCGUGAAGGGCAUGUGGCCCGGCCCCCUCCAGGGAGGGGAACCCCAGUGGGUCCUUCUCAGCCACCCUGUCCCACCAGGGCCGGACCCGGGGGG